GGGAGAGAUAAUAAUGUAUAUCUUUCUGUUCACCGUGUAUAUGAGCAUGAAAUGAGAAGCAGGCGGUAGAUUAACGCUAUACUUCUGGUAUGGAAUCUUCUGAACUUAGCCGAAAUGCGCAAAUUACUAUAGAUCUCCCGCGAAACGAAAUCAACGUGGAUGAAUAUGGUUUUGAAAGACCUCACGACUUUGAUUAUGAAACCUAUGAGGACUUUAUGUCAGAAUACCUCAAAGUGCUUGCUAAAAGAGCUAAAAAAUGGGCUGAAAUUAUUGGGGAAGGAAAGUCAUUACAACGAAAUAUUACAAUAAAAAGAUAUGUUCGUAAAGGUAUACCAGGAGAACAUAGAGGAUUAGUAAAAGUUUUACUUUUACAGGUAUGGCUGUCUGUCAGUGGAGGAGAAGAUGUAAAAAAUGAAUUUCCUGAUCUUUAUCAGAAAUUGUUACAAGCCCCUCAUAAGGAAGAAGUUGCAAAUAUUAUAAAAACUGAUCUCCCACGAACUUUUCCUGACAAUAUAUUUUUUAACAAUACAGAAAAUCAGCAAUAUCAAUUGUACAAUAUUUUAUUAGCUUUUGCUCAUCAAAAUAAAACAGUAGGGUAUUGUCAAGGUUUGAAUUAUAUAGCAGGUUUAUUAUUACUUGUUACAAAAAGUGAAGAAACAGCUUUUUGGUUAUUAAAGGUUCUAAUAGAAAAAAUAUUACCUGAUUAUUAUACACCAACAAUGGACGGCCUGCUUACAGACAUCGAUGUUCUUGCAGAAUUAGUCAGGAUAAAAAUGCCGGACAUUUAUCAACACGUUACAAACAUAGGUUUGCCAUGGCCAGUCAUUACAACAAAAUGGUUUGUGUGCUUGUUUGCAGAAGUAUUACCAAUCGAGACCACGCUGCGUAUAUGGGAUUGUCUUUUUUAUGAAGGCAGUAAAAUCAUAUUUCGUGUUGCAUUGACUUUGAUAAAAAGGAACAAAUGCAACCUACUUGCAUGUCAAGAUUUUACAACAUUAGCAGAAUGCUUUAAAGAAAUAACGAAAGACAGUAUUGUUUUAAAAUGUCAUGAAUUCAUGCAGAGUAUAUUUAAAGUACCUGGAUCUCUACCCGGCAGCACAAUUAUAAAAUUAAGGACAAAAAUAUCGAAACAACGCAUGGAACAAAACGAAAGCAAAUUAGGACGAUAGUAACGACAAAAGUUUUGGUCAACUAAAUGAUUCUAGUCAAUAUGUAUUAUUUGACUUCGAGUUCUUACAAAACAAAUACGUUCUGUAGGAUUGUAUUGUAAUGUUACCUCUACAGUGUUCUUGUAAAUAUAAAUCUAGUAUUAGAAGAACAAAUGUCAAUAAUAUUUUAUUGUAUAUUGAUUUAUAAAAUUUUAUACGUUUAUUUAUGCAUAGGAACAAA